AUGGUAACCACGGAAUCUGCCCCCCUAUUUGAUGUAAAAAGAAAACAGACCAAAGACAAAACUGUCAGUGAUAUCUCCUUGAUGUUCCGUGGGGGCUAUGCCCCCGGGCCCCCUCCAGUAUAUUCCCGGGCCCUAGAAACUGCUCUUCGCACGGAAUUGUUUGAAACAGGGAACUAUUCCGUUCUCCAGCGACCAAACCAAAGGGUCAAUGCCAAGGUGUCCUUGACUUUGUUAACUGUUAAUGAACUGAACAUCAAAGACCAGCUCUUAUCUAUAUCGGGAUAUCUAGCAGUGGAUUGGCUAGAUGACCGACUUUCCUGGAGCAAUACUUCGGCCACUUCCCAAGACUACUCGAGUAUAGAUUUUCUCUUCAGCACAGAAGUAUAUGUUUGGACUCCAGCAUUGAUCAUUGAAAACUCCAUUGAUGAUAUUUCUAUCAUCAGCGACACUAAGAUCCCAAUGCGGAUCAGAAGUGAUGGAAGAAUAGCAUGGAAUCCAGCAGGAAUCUACAAAGUGGCCUGCGAGUCUGACAUUACAUACUACCCGUUAGAUUCACAGACGUGCACCAUCAAAUUCAGUACCUGGGGUUACACGCAGGCAGAAAUCAAUCUGAUUCUUGACGCUCAAGAACCGGUAGAUCUGAGUUUUUACGGUGAAAACGGAGAAUGGGAUCUCCUAUCUGCCAUAGCUUACAAAUCCAGCGAUAGAUCUCGAGGUGGACAAUCGUUUUCUAGUUUGUCUUUUGCAAUAACUUUGAGAAGGAGGCCGCUUUUCCAUGCUCUCAACACAAUAUUUCCGGUUGUCUUGAUGGCGUUUUUGAUACCCAUGGUAUACAAGUUGCCCGCAGAAUCUGGUGAGAAGAUGGGAUACUGUCUAACCGUUCUGUUGGCCUAUGCUGUGUACCUAACACUCAUUUCUGAUAAUAUUCCAAGCACUUCGAUGAACGUUUGCUAUUUAUCAAUUUAUCUUGGACUGACCAUGGCAUUCAGCACACUUUCUGUAAAUAUCGUGAUUUUCGUUCUCAAUGCUCAUUUUCAAGGGGAGAAGGAAGUGCCAAAUUGGAUAAAUAAAAUCUACAGGAAAUGUCGUUGCAAAAAAUUCAUAGGAAGUGACGUAGACAAAAAUAAAGUUUCACCUUCUAAUGACGAAAAGAAGAAAGACAAUGAAAUUCUUGUAGAAAGCGUGCAGAUGGAAGAUUACAGUGAAACUGAAAAACUGACAUAUCGCGAGUUUUCAGAGAUAUUGGAUAAAUUAUUUUUUAUUAUUUAUAUGGUGGCAAUUUCACUUACAACAUUUAUAUUUCUUAUAAUUCUUCUUGUUCAUUACUCCUCAAUAUAA